GUGGCGGCAAAAUCCUUAGAAAUCGCCGAGAGGGCUGCACCGAUGGACAUCGGAUACGAGGCACCCAAGAAUGACUUUAUGAUCAUGGGGUACACAGUGGAGUUCCCUCAUGGGAAGAAGCCGUUUGCAGCGCAGUUCGCCGUGAUGAACAAGGUGCUUCUGGCACUGAAGAGAGAGCAGAACGCCCUAUUAGAGAGUCCGACCGGGUCAGGCAAGACACUGGCCCUGCUGUGCUCGUCGCUGGCUUGGCAUCGACAUCAUGCUGCGGAAAUUAGUGAACGCAACCGAACGAACGUGGAUGCAUAUGUCGCCUCCAAGCUGCUGGAAUCGCAGGCAAAACAUGCCCGUGAUGUGGAAAACGCCAGAGCUGUCAAGGGACACCGUUUGAAUGCUUUCACUCAAGCGGAAGAUGCUAUACGACAAAGAGAAACACAAGCUCCCCUACGAGCACCGAAACUGGACGCAUUGGACCAUACGCAACUCGUCGAAGCGAUGGAUCGAUUGAACAGUGAGUUGGCUCCGCCACAUCAAUGGAACACUGUCGAACGAUGUCAAAAGGAGUAUGAACUCGCAUGCAUGAUUCUGCGAGUUCACAUGCUCGACGGUGGGAACGCCAACAGCGUCACGCUUGAGUUUGAAGACCGCCCGUCCAAAACUUUCGUUCUCGACGUGGCCACGGGCCGUGUUCAGCCUCUUGUGGAUCCGAAUGAGGAGCCUGCGCAGAUGCAGACUGCGAGUCCAAUAGACACCACGCAAUUUAAAACAGACGACGACGACGACGAUUUGGUGCACAUCUCGUUCUCACAACUACAGAAACAGCAACAGCGCCCCAAACCUCCACUAUCAUCCAAAUAUGGUGCCCGCUUUCCUCCUGAAUCCCCAGAGCCCGAACACAAACGUCCUGUCUCUAUCCAGAAGCCUGAUUUAGUCACGAAUCGGUUCGAUCAAUUUGCUGCGCCAUCUUCAGCCGUGUCGCCCGACGUACCGGGAAUCGCACCAUCGUCGCUAGCGCAGUCGAUCGAUGCUGUGAAGAAGGAAAAAUUGCCUCAAAUCUACUUUUGUUCGCGAACGCACUCGCAGCUUGCCCAGGUAAUUCAAGAACUGAAGAAAUGUCCAUUUGCCAACCGGGUCAAAAUGACGUUGUUGGGAUCGAAGAAGCAUUACUGCGUCCAUCCCCGUGUGCGCAAGCUUGACCCAGGAAAUCUUGCGGACGAAUGCGCUGACUUGUUGGAUGGCAUGAAUUGCAGAUAUCACACCAAGGGAAAACAACGCAAUGAGACUCGACUGCAUGCACCGCCGGUUUGGGACAUCGAAGAUAUGGUAACGUUGGGGGAUGAACUGAAGGAGUGCCCAUACUUUUUUGCUCGAUCGCAAGGAGAAACGGCAGAAAUCGUGUUUUGUCCGUACAAUUACAUCAUCGAUCCGCAAAUCCGAUCGUCGUGUUCGAUUGACUUGAAGAAUGCAGUCGUCAUAUUUGACGAAGCGCACAAUAUUGAGGACGUGUGUCGCGACGCAGCAUCGCUGGAGUUGCAUUACCCCAGUCUCGAAGAAAGCGCGAUCAUCUUGACCACAGCCAUUCAAAACCCCAAAGUUAGCGAGUCCAAGAAAGACGACGUCAAGACCCUGAUGAAACUCAUUAACGGAUGGAAGCGCUGGCUGACACACAUCAAGCCCACCCUGAAACCCAUGGGGUUCGAGUACGAAACACGGCAAUUCAGCGGUCCCGAUGCUGCGGCAAUUUUAGGUGAAUACUGCGGACUUACACCACAGUCACUCGAUUAUUUCAAAAUGGCGAUGGAGGCUGUCAUGAUGGAAGAAAAUGCCUCAAGCGCAGAGCUUGGCGACGAGCCGUCAACCAAGCUCAAACUCGGCAUGGCAACAAUCAUGGGGCUAUCGAGCAUUUUGAACGUGGCUGACUACUUAUUUCGAGACUCGAUGAAAUAUGUCCACGAUUUCAAACUGGCUGCUGUACGUCAACGAGGGUUUGGUCGGCGAUCCAACGAAUGGGAAUACAAGGCGUGUGUAUGGUGCUUAUAUGCGGGGGUUGCGUUUAGCGAUAUAACCACUCAAACUCGCAGUGUCAUUUUAACAUCGGGAACUCUCAGCCCGAUGACUUCGUUUGCUGGUGAACUGGGCACUACGUUUCCGAUCACUCUUGAAGCAAAUCAUGUGGUGAACAUGCAAAAGCAAGUUUGGCUGGGCACGCUUGUACAAGGACCACCCAAACAUCGUGAUUUCAGUGCGACGUAUGCAAACCAACAGGAUCUGACGUAUCAAGAUGCAUUGGGGGAUAUUGUUCUCAACUUGUGCCGAAUUGUGCCCGGUGGAAUCUUGGUGUUUUUGCCAUCCUAUCGCUUCAUGCAGCUACUGUACGAUCGGUGGAUGGUGACUGGCGCCAUGGCGAAGAUGGAAGAAAAGAAGAAGUCAUUCGUCGAGCCUCGUGGCGCUGGAAAAGAUUUUGACGCGUUACUUGACGAUUUUAAAGCUGCCGUCGAAGGAAGCCGCCAGCCUGACGCUACAAAAACCGGCGCUCUGUUUUUUGCUGUCUUUCGAGGCAAAGUCAGCGAAGGCAUUGACUUUUCCAAUGACAAUGCACGCGCGGUCGUCGCCGUCGGGAUCCCCUUUCCUAACAUCAAGGAGCAACAAAUCGCUCUGAAGCAGCAAUAUCAAAACGACCGAUCUCAACAUGAUAAAACUUGUGCCCCUGGAAGAGUAUGGUACGAACACCAGGCAUUUCGUGCACUGAAUCAAGCCCUUGGUCGAUGCAUUCGCCACCGCUUGGACUACGGCGCCAUUUUCCUCGUUGAUUCUCGUUAUCGGAACGAGCGAUACACAUACCAAUUGUCCAAAUGGACAAGAGGCCACUGUCAAGAAUACGAAGUUGCCGAGGAAGCGUUGGAACACGUGGCCGAUUUCUUUGGUCGUGUGGGAUCCGAUCCCGAGUUACAAAGCCAUGUUCAAGCCGCCUUGAUAACAGCGCCUGUCGAAACCGCGAGGAAGAUUCCCAAGGUUUCAAAACCCACGAAUGCAUGGAAGCCCAAGAAGCCAAAAACCAUGACAUCAUUCUUUCCCUACGCCAAUUGAAUAUAGACGAUUUCCAAGUAUGGGGAAUUGGCUCAAUUAGCUAUUGAGCAUCCCUUGUCGACUUGCCAACUGGAUCAAGAAAAUUUGAAAUUAUGGGAGCGUGUGGAAAUUUGACAGAAUAUGAAUCAAGGACAUCGAAUGGUGA